UCAUCAACAGAAAAAUCUGCAAUAUUUUCAUCCAAAACAAUUUUGACACCCAAUCUCGAAAAUCCGUCUAAAUUUCUUUUCUCGACAUAUCAAAAACUAGGUUAAAGAUUUGAGGUUGUAAGAGACAAAGAAGAAAAAUGGGAGUUGAAGGAACAUUUGAUUACAUAGCUGAUUUGAUAAGCAGCACAAAGAGGAAGAAGAGAAAGCAGCUCAACACCGUUGAUCUCAAAGUCCGAAUGGAUUGCGAAGGCUGUGGAGAGAGAGUCAAGAAUGUCCUCUCCGGCAUGAAAGGAGCAAAAUCAGUGACGGUGGACUGGAAACAACAAAAGGCGACAGUGUACGGAUUUGUGGAUGCGAAAAAGGUGUUGAAGAAGGCGAAGUCGACAGGGAAGAAGUGUGAGCCGUGGCCAUAUGUUCCGUACGGACUCAUUGCUCAUCCUUACGCUAGUGGCGUCUACGAUAAGAAGGCCCCGGCCAAUCACGUGCGUGGAACCGAUGAGCCUGGCGUCGGCACCCUCAACCCGGUCGAGGAGAAGUAUGCUCUCAUGUUUAGUGAUGAUAACCCCAACGCUUGCACAAUCAUGUAGAUUUUUUUACCUAAUAUGGAAAUGUUUGUGUUGGAAAUUUGAAUAUUGAUAUAUAUGAAUAUAUGUGGGGUCGGUCCUAAAAUUUUAGGACCGGUUGGAUUA